CAUUCCUCUGGUGAGAGGGUAAUAUUUUUGUUGCUAUCAGCAAGAGCUUCCCAAGUGGCAUUAGGCUGGUCUGCUACCGCUUCUCGCUUGUUUUCAUUCUUUAAGCCUGGUCUCCUUGACGUUUUCCCAUCAUGGCUUCCACAGUCAAACCCUGGUAUAAGGCGAAGGCUGUGAGCCACGUUAAAACUGAUUAUGCUUAUCAUCACAGUAGACAUGUUGUCCAGCAGCAUACAGAAAGGAAAUCCAGCUCCAAGUCGACACACCAGGUGCAGGCUCAGGCCACAGCGGCUAUGGCAGAACCAGCCUAUACCAUACCAGCGUCCCGGCAGAGGACUGCUGGGGAAACUGAGGAGUAUCAGAGAGUGUCUACAAAUGUGGGGAAAGGACUAGCUGUUAUUCAGGAGGAGCUGCACAGAAUGAGGAUUGCCACUAAAGCUCAAGUGGAGAGUAUUGCUAUCCAAAAAGAGGUGAAGGACAUGAUGAGAAAGAGAGUGGAUUUACUGGAGGAAAUUCCCAAGAUGCCUGACUUCUUGGUGGCCCUGCGGCCCCACACUGUCUGGGAGAAGACCCCGGUGAAGCUUUUUUGCACCGUGGAGGGAAACCCACACCCUAUUGUUAAAUGGUAUAAAGGAGGAGCCCCAGUGGAUCCACUGAGCGCCCCAGGAAAGUACAAGAUUGAGAGCAAGUAUGGAGUCCACAGUCUGAUCAUUAGCAGGUGUGUAGUGAGUGAUACUGCAGAGUAUAGUGCCGUGGCAACCAAUCAGCAUGGCACAGCUACCAGCAAGGCUAUGGUUGUUGUAAAGAGACCAGCAGGAGCAGGAGAGUACUGCCAUCUGGGUUUAGUGCCCCAUUUGACUGAGAUCCACCCCAGUAAGCUGGAGGUCACCCUGCUGGAGAGGUUCCCAGUGAGUUUUGGUGUUGAGGGAAGCUCCAUCAAACUCGUCUGUACUAUGGUGGUUGUUCCUGACCUCCCCAACGUACCACCCCUGAUCCAGUGGUACAGAGAUGACAAGCUGUUGAAACCAAGUAAUCUGGUGGAGAUGUCGGUGGGUGGAGGUGCAGCAUCUCUGACCCUGCCUCAUCUGGCCAAAGACGAUGAGGGACUCUACACCAUACGCAUCUUCACAAAGGAAGGCACCACCGAGCACAGUGCCUACCUGUUUGUGUCAGAUGCCCUGGCGUCUGUAAAUGGAGCCCCUGGUGCACCAAUGAGCGUCAAGGCAUAUGAUGUCAACUCGGAUUACAUCUUGGUUGCCUGGAAACCUCCCAACACCGUCAACGAGGCACCGAUCACUGGAUACUUUGUGGAUCGCUGCGAAGCUGGUACCGACACCUGGGUCCAGUGCAACACGGCACCGGUGAAGGUUUGCAAGUACCCGGUGGAUAACCUUAGGAUGGGCCACUCCUACUACUUCAGAGUGAGAGCAGUAAACAGUGCAGGCAUCAGCAGACCCUCACGCAAGUCUGACAAAGUGACCGCCCUUGAUCCGGCAGAGAGUGAGCGCCUGCAAGGUACCGAUGAAGGCGUUCCCUCUGCUCCUGGGAAGGUUGUUGCCACAAGAAACACCAAGUCAUCAGUGUUUGUCCAAUGGGAAGCUCCCACGCAUUUGAAGAACCUGAUGGGUUAUUACAUUGAUGGCCGUGUUGUAGGAGCCAAGGAGUGGUUCCCCUGUAACCACAAACCCUUCAGACAUAACAGGUUUGUGGUCCACCGCCUUAUCCCAGGGGAGAGCUACGUGUUCCGCGUCCAAGCCGUCAACAUUUUUGGCCUAAGUGAAGAGUCCCAGGAGUCCUCUCCCAUCGCUGUGGAGCCUGCUCUGGCCACUCCCAGUGCACCGUUCGGUAUCACCAUGCUGAGCUGCGACGGCUCCUCCAUGACUUUGGCCUGGAAGAGUCCCAAACACUGUGGCGGCUCCAAGAUCAACGCUUAUUACAUCGACAAGCGUGACGCUGAUACUUUGGUGUGGAAGGAGGUCAACCUGGCCGCCGUCACUGAAAGGACCUGUACUGUGGACCAUCUAACAGAGGGAACUUUUUACGAGUUCAGGAUCCAGGCUGGUAAUCUAGCAGGUGUUGGUCUACCUUCAGCUCCCAGUACCCCGAUGAAAUGUGAAGCUUGGACCAUGGAGGUGCCAGGUCCAGCCUAUGACCUGGGCUUCAGUGAGGUCAGAAGUAACUCUCUGGUCGUCCUAUGGAAAGCUCCUGUUUAUACUGGAGCCAGUGCUGUCACCGGAUACUUUGUGGACAUGGCCAAGAAGGGUUCCAGUGAGUUUGUAACUCUGAACGAGGAGCCAGUGAGUCAUCGUUACCUGCAGGUCACCGGACUGGAGGAAGGGAGUACCUACGUCUUUAGAGUCCGUGCAGUCAACUCAAACGGUGUCGGUGAAGCUUCUGAGCUGUCUGAGCCGGUCUGUGCCAGAGCUCUUCCAGGAACAACAGAGAUAGUAGCCGGUGUGGACGAGGAGACUGGAGAUGUUUUCCUGUCAUUUGAGGCCUGUGAGAUCUGUGAAACCUCCAAGUUUGUGUGGUCAAAGAACUACAAAGCCAUCGGUGAUUGCCCCAGGGUCAACGUCACAACCAAGGGCAGAAUAUCCAGACUUACCUUCACCAACCCUGAUAAGGAGGAUUUGGGCAGAUACUCUGUGGUCGUCACCGACACAGAUGGGGUUUCCUCCAGCCACACUCUGACUGAGGACGCUCUGAACACGAUGCUUGAACUCAGCUAUGCCAUCAGGCACCCAGUGGUUCCGCUGAAACACAACCUGAACUAUGAGAUUCUGGAGAAGGGACAUGUUCGUUUCUGGCUGCAGGCCGUCAAGCUGUCUCCAUCCGUCUCCUACAGGUUCAUCGUCAAUGACAAGGAGGUCACCAGUGGCGAGGGUCAAAAGAUCAGCCAUGAUGUGGCUUCAGGGGUCAUCCAGAUGACAGUGGAUCAUUUCACCCGAGCCAAUGAGGGGACAUACACGGUCCAGAUCACUGACGGCAAGGCCAAAACCCAGAGCUCCCUGGUCCUUGUGGGAGAUGCAUUCAAGGCUGCCCUGAAGGAGGCUGAGUUUCAGAGGAAAGAGCACAUUAGGAAGCAAGGUCCACAUUUCUCUGAGUAUCUGCACUUCACUGUCUCUGAGGACUGUACAGUGAUGCUCACCUGCAAGGUGGCUAAUGUGAAAAAGGACACAACUUUCCACUGGUACAAAGAAGAUGAUGAGAUUGUCCCAGAGACUCCCCCCAAUGUCAUGUCUGGAGCCGUCUCUCUUCCUCUGCCUUUGUUCUCCAGAAAGGAUCAGGGAGUCUAUAAGGCUGUGCUGAGUGAUGACAAAGGAAAGGACACUUCUGUUUAUGACAUUUCAGGCCAAGUGUUUGAUGACAUCAUCAAUGCAAUUGCUCGCAAUGCUGGUGCGUCAGCCUCUGAGCUGGUCCUGCAGUGUACUCCAGAGGGCAUCAGGCUGCAGUGCUACAUGAACUACUACACAGAGGAGAUGAAGACUGUCUGGAAGCACAAGGACAGUAAGAUCGCAUCCUCUGAGAAGAUGAGGAUCGGCGGCACUGCAGAGAUGGCCUGGAUGCAGAUUUGCGAUCCAUCCGAUAAGGAGAAGGGUCACUACGCCAUUGAGAUCUCAGAUGGGGUAACAACCCACACCCGGACAUUUGACCUCUCUGGACAAGCUUACACUGAUGCAUAUGAGGAGUAUCUGAGGCUUAAGGCGGCUGCAUUUGCUGAGAAGAACCGUGGCAGAGUGGUUGGUGGACUCCCUGAUGUGGUCACUAUUAUGGAAGAGAAGUCUCUGAGCCUGACCUGCACCGUGUUCGGCGAGCCGACUCCUGAGGUCACCUGGUUCAAAAACGAGCAAGAGGUGGCAUGCAAUGAGCACACCCGGGUCACAUUUGAUGGCGGGAAGUUCGCCAGCCUGGUGAUCAAUAAAGUCACCCCCGACGACUCCGGCAAGUACAGCAUCAACGUCCGGAACAAAUACGGCGGCGAGUUCGUGGAGAUCACCGUCAGCGUCUACAGGCACGGGGAGCCGAUCCCAGAGCCCAAACUGGGACACCCUAAAACCGCCGCGCCUGCAGCCCAGCCUGCGCCGCCCAAAUCCCCAGCCCCCUCCAAGACCCCUACCCCAUCUAAGCCCCAGACCCCAGCUCAGUCCAUGAAGAGCCCAACCCCUGCCUCCACCCCGGCAUCCAAGUCCCCAACCCCCACACCCAAGUCCCCCACUCCCCCCCGUAGUGUCAAGUCCCCAACCCCCCCCAGGUUCAUGAAAUCUCCCACCCCGCCCAGAAAGUAAGCAAUCAAUCAAGUAUCAAUUACUGAGAGCAAAGCAACACUAAAAAAUAGAAGGAGGGAGAAAUAGGAGCUGUAUGUUUCAUUUCCUCAGUUAAAUUAAUAAGUUACUGAAUACUAUAUAUUACUAUAUAAUACUAUAUAUACUACUAUAUAAUAAUAUAGUAUAUAUUACUAUAUACUCAAUUUUACCUUAGAAAAAAGAUGAGCCAACAACUAAAAACAUGAUACUCAUUACAAAGUGAGACUAAGAUUUAAGAAACUCAAUAAACCUCAGAAGCAGGUAAUAGUUUUAUUAGCAGCGCCCCCUCAUGGUUCAGUCGCACCACUUUUCAUCCUCCAUCCACAUAAAAUGUUUUCCUUCCACCAAACUUUUUGGAUUAAUCCGUCAGCUGUCUUGGGUCCCAGAAAUAAGAAAUGUCAGCCCAUUUAGGGUAUUAAGCUUGUACCCUAAACCCAUUAAUAUAUUGGACCACCCUGAGGGUAAAGUUUCCUCCAAAUUUACCUGAAAACUCCUUUAGUUUCUGUUUAUUCUAAAGUAACUCGGAAGGAGAGCAAAGAUUAUGCUCCCUGCCUUCAUCUCUGUGCCAGAACUGUCCACCUGCAUGUGGACGGUCCUGUUGUUGUCUCUGUAGUGCUUAAUGGGAAUAAAAUGCAAAUGUCAACCCGA